GCGACGAUGAACAACAAAUUCGACGCAUUGAAAGAUGAUGAUAGUGGAGACCAUGACCAGAAUGAGGAAAAUAACACACAGAAAGACGGUGAGAAGGAAAAAAAUGAUCGAGAGAAACCACAGACCACUACCAAGAGGAAGGCUGUCGUCCCAGGGCCGGCAGAGCACCCCUUGCAGUAUAAUUACACCUUCUGGUACUCCAGACGGACGCCCGGGAGGCCAACCAGCUCACAGAGUUACGAACAGAACAUCAAACAGAUCGGCACCUUUGCCUCCGUGGAGCAGUUCUGGCGGUUUUACAGUCACAUGGUACGUCCUGGGGACCUGACAGGCCACAGUGACUUCCAUCUUUUCAAAGAGGGAAUCAAACCCAUGUGGGAGGAUGAUGCCAACAAAAAUGGUGGUAAAUGGAUUAUCCGCCUGCGCAAGGGCUUAGCGUCACGAUGCUGGGAGAACCUCAUUCUGGCAAUGCUGGGAGAACAGUUCAUGGUGGGGGAAGAAAUCUGUGGGGCAGUCGUCUCUGUCCGGUUCCAGGAGGAUAUUAUCUCCAUAUGGAACAAGACAGCCAGUGACCAGGCCACGACAGCCCGGAUACGCGAUACGUUACGAAGAGUGCUCAACCUACCUCCCAACACCAUCAUGGAAUAUAAAACACACACUGAUAGCAUCAAGGCCUGGGAGGAGUUUCAUGGCCUGGUGAACAGCAGUGGCCGCUGA